AUGGCUUACCACCAUUUGGGACGCAACGAAGACUGGCAAGGCGACUACUAUAACAUGAAUAACUAUCCACCAGGAGCGCGCGUGUCAACACCAGGCCAACCUAGUCCUUAUGCCGCGUCACCCGGCCCCGGAAGAUUUGCUCCUAAUGACCGACUUCAAUCACAACCAACCUAUUCGGUAGAGAAUAUUCAGAAUAGUCAUGGACAUAAUGAUGAAUACGAACAACACAAUCCCAUAAAUGGCGAUUAUAACUACUACAACAAUGCCUACCAGAACACCCCUCAUGAAGAUCCAUACUUCUCUCACCAAGAUGAUCGUGUUCCUAUCCUCCAAAACGACGCUGGUUACGGGCAGGAUUAUCCCGAGAAUAAGGAGGCUCCCGGCACAACACCAUCUCCUGGUCCAGCAUUAAGAAGAUACAAGACCGUAAAGGAAGUCCAACUAUUUGAUGGAAAUCUCGUGCUAGACUGUCCGAUCCCACCGAAACUUCUUAAUCAAAUACCCCAUGCGCAACCACCCGAGAGAGACGAAUUUACUCACAUGAGGUAUACAGCUGCCACCUGUGACCCGAGUGAUUUUUAUGCGGAGCGCUUUACUCUGAGACAGAAGCUAUUCGCUAAACCUAGGCAUACGGAGCUUUUUAUUGUCGUUACUAUGUACAAUGAAGAUGAUAUACUUUUUGCCCGGACUAUGAGCGGAGUGUUUAAAAAUAUUGAGUAUAUGUGCUCACGCAAGGACAGCAAGACGUGGGGAAAAGAUGCCUGGAAAAAGAUUGUCGUCUGUGUGGUUAGCGAUGGUCGCGCUAAAAUAAACCCACGAACUCGAGCCGUUUUAGCAGGUCUUGGAGUGUACCAGGACGGAAUAGCCAAGCAACAAGUGAACGGUAAGGAUGUCACAGCACAUAUUUACGAGUACACAACUCAGGUUGGCAUCUCGAUAAAGAAAGACCUGGUAGAGUUGCGACCGAAACAGCAGCCCGUACAGAUGUUGUUCUGCCUGAAAGAAAAGAAUCAAAAGAAAAUUAAUUCACACAGAUGGUUUUUUCAGGCUUUCGGAAAAGUAUUAGACCCAAACAUUUGUGUGCUGAUUGAUGCUGGAACAAAACCUGGCAAAAACUCAAUCUACCACUUGUGGAAAGCAUUUGACUUAGAACCCAUGUGCGCUGGAGCUUGCGGAGAAAUUAAAGCUAUGUUGGGGCCGGGUGGAAAGAACCUUCUUAACCCCUUGGUUGCGACUCAAAAUUUUGAAUAUAAGAUAAGUAAUAUUCUGGAUAAGCCUUUGGAGUCGGCGUUUGGUUUCAUUUCGGUUCUACCCGGAGCAUUUUCGGCAUAUCGCUACGUCGCACUACAAAACGAUAAGGCUGGGAAUGGUCCUCUGGAAAAAUAUUUUGCCGGAGAGAAAAUGCACGGCGCCAACGCUGGUAUUUUUACUGCAAAUAUGUACCUGGCUGAAGAUCGGAUUCUCUGUUUUGAGCUGGUCUCGAAGCGUAACUGCCACUGGAUCCUCCAAUAUGUCAAGUCGGCUACCGGAGAAACCGAUGUGCCAGAUCAGAUGGCUGAGUUGAUUUUACAACGGCGUAGGUGGCUCAACGGAAGUUUCUUCGCUGCCGUCUAUGCCCUUGCUCAUUUCUACCAACUCUUUCGCAGUGAUCACAGCUUUAUCCGAAAGAUAAUGUUCUUGAUUGAGUUCAUAUAUACCACGAUUAACAUGAUCUUUGCCUGGUUCGCCAUCGGUAAUUUUUACUUAGUAUUCCAUAUUCUAACCACAUCGCUCGGAUCGCCUACUCUGCUCGGCACUCUCGGUGUUUUUCUAGGUGUUGUAUUCGAAUGGUUAUACCUGUUUACGCUUCUCACCUGCUUUGUCCUGGCAUUGGGAAACCGACCCCAGGGUUCAAAUGUUGCCUACAUUUCUAUGGUUGUCUUCUGGGGAGUCCUUAUGUGCUACUUGAUGUUUGCCUCCGUCUUCAUCACCGUCAAAUCAAUCCAGAGUGAAUUAGCUGAUGGCAUAUUUAACGUCGCUGAGAUACUCAAGAACCAAGUCUUCUACACUCUUAUAGUCUCACUCGCCUCCACAUACGUACUCUGGUUUGUCGUCUCAUUCCUCUUUUUUGAUCCCUGGCAUAUGUUUACCUCAUUUAUCCAAUAUUUGAUUCUCGUGCCUACCUACAUCAACGUACUCAACGUCUACGCGUUUUGUAAUACGCAUGACAUCACUUGGGGUACAAAGGGUGACGAUAAAGCCGAGAAACUUCCCUCAGCCAAUCUCAAGCCUGGUGGAAAGGUCGAUGUCAACAUCCCUACAGACGAUGGCGACCUUAAUGCGCAGUACGAGGCUGAGCUUAAUCAUAUCUCACACAAGGCCCCUGAAGAAAAACGCGAAAUCUCCAUGAGCGAAAAACAAGAUGACUACUACAGAGGCUUUCGUUCGCGCGUCGUGCUUUUUUGGAUUAUCUGCAAUUUUGGCCUCGUCGCUGUAGUGCUCAGUACUGCAGGCCUAUCACGUAUUAGCGGAACCAAGGGUCCCAUCGAUAACCCGGCCAGCUCGCCUGUCGACCAACGGGCCACGAUCUACAUGGCAGUUGUUUUGUGGAGCGUUGCAGGUCUCAGCGCCUUCAAGUUUGUUGGAGCUAUGUGGUUUCUCAUAGUGCGUAUGUUCCGUGGGGUAUGA